GCUGGCAACACUGGCGUGAAACGAUCUACUGUCUGAGUCAACACCUGUCAGGGAGGAGCAACAGCCGCCGCUGGGAGGAUCACUGUUGUGGCUGCGAUCGGUCCUGCAUCGAUCUUCCAUAAUAUAAGAAUUUGUUGGUGUAACCCAGCAUGUCAGAAAAACCUGUACGUGUUGGUCAGCGGGUGGAGGUCAUUGGCAAAGACACCCAGGGGACUGUAGCCUUUGUCGGCACAACACACUUCUCACAAGGCAAGUGGGUUGGCGUUGUUUUGGAUGAGAAGAAAGGCAAGAACAAUGGCUCAGUGCAGGGAAAGACUUACUUUCAGUGUGAUGAUGGAUGUGGCAUCUUUGUACGGACAAGUCAGCUGGUGGUGCUGAGUGGGGGAGAUGACACUGAAGAGGAAGGCUCCACCACCCCUUCAGCCUCCUCUUCAGCUAGCACUCCUGCUUCUGAUAAGCCCCGUUCCAGCUCCCAUCGGCUGGAGAGAAGACCCUCCAGGUUUGGGGGUCAAUCCAGGUAUCUUCCUUUAUAUUUUAACAUUUUGUUUUCAGACCCAAUUUAAUAGUCAGUCAUGAGU